AUGGUGGAACGAUUCCAUCGACAACUCAAAGCCGCCCUCAAGGCACACCCCAACCCCACCUCUUGGACGGAAGUUCUUCCUGUCGUCCUGCUCGGCCUCCGUUCAGUCUUCAAGCCGGACUUGGGGUGCACCGCUACUCCCCCGCCAGAUCCAGCAGACUACGUUUCCCGGCUCAAGGCCAUAUUCAACCAGCUUCGCCCAGCACCCCCUCGUCAACCAUGUUCCUCCAGGCUUUACGUGCACGACGACCUGGAGACGUGCACACACGUUUUCGUACGCGUCGACGCUGUCCGAAAGCCGCUACAGCCCCCUUAUACUGGUCCCUAUGAAGUCGUCAGCCGCACUUCCAAGUUCUUCUCCCUCAUCAUCAACGGCAAGCAAGAGCAAGUCUCCAUCGACCGAUUAAAGCCUGCAUACAUUGAGGCUCCUGCUGCUGACCUCACGGCUGCUCUGGUCUCCACCCCUCACUCCGUUUACCAGCCCGCCGUUCCCCGUUCAGCAAAAUCCGUCCACUGGGCCCCUGUCCUGGUGACGCACCGCUCUUGCGUUUCACCAACGCGCUAA